UUAAAGACAAACACUUUUCAGUUGAUGAGCUAUAGCGGAACACGAUGGAUUUGAGAAUUGUGUGGUUGUGUCUCUUGAUCUUAUUUGUAGAUAAGUCGAGGACUCAGCCUGCUCCUGUAAACAACACAACUACAGGGAAGGAGUGUCUCACGAACGAUGAGUGUAUUUCAGGGAAGAUAUGCAGAGCUAAGAAAUGCACAGAUCCUUGUGACACCGUGUGUGGGUUGAACACAAUAUGUGUGGUACACGAAGGAGCUCCUAUGUGUUCCUGUAAAACUGGCUACAAAGGAGACCCGUUUACGGAAUGCAAACCACUAAAUGCAGAAUGCACAGACGACUCCAUUUGUACAACAGAUAAGGCCUGUAUUGGUCACAAGUGUGUAGACCCUUGUCUGGACUAUUGUGGCCUCAAUACCGUGUGUAGAGUGGUCAACCAUCAACCAGUGUGUGCUUGCCUCAAUGGAUUCUUCUACAAACUAGACAAAGGCUGCCUUCCUGAAAGGAUUCCGGAAUGUCAGACUAACUCUCAUUGUCCAGAGGACCGCUCAUGUCGUCUGCAGAAGUGUGUAGAUCCUUGUGAAGACGGAGUGUGUGGCAAUAACACAGAAUGUCACGUCAAGAACCAUUACCCGGUGUGUUCUUGUAAAGAUGUUGCAGGUUCAGUUGAGAAUGAGGAAAACAUACAAAAGCCAAUUGAAAAGAAAAAAACCUUCUUACUUGUUGAGGAACAGAAAACAUGGUGGGACGCCCUUAUUGACUGUAUUGAUCGAGGAAUGAAUCUAGCGUCAAUCGAAAAUGAUAAGGAGUGGAACACUUUUCUUGAAACCGUCAGGUAUAUAUGGAACGAAGAUAUAUGGAUUGGUGGUCAUGACUUGGAUAACUAUCCAAAUUUCAUAUGGAUAUCCACUGGACAACGACUUUCACAUACCCACUGGAAAGCUGGUGAGCCAUCUAGCAGUGAUUGCCACUGCUUGUUUACUUUCAAACGUGUUUUUAUAAAUGGCGAUUGUGCCAAAAUUCGUAAAUAUGUAUGUGAACAAAGGAAAAACUACAGCUGAGAAGCUAACUCCUACAUUUAGAUCAUAGUCAUAAAAUUUGAUCGAUAAUUAAAUGUAAAGUUAUUAAUUUAAGUUGCAUUUGUAUCUCCCUCCGUUUCCUUCCACCUUCUUACAUAUACUGCCAUUGUUAUUAGUAUUUAAUUCCCCUUUCAAAUAAAGAUAAAUGUCAAAUAAAUAA